AUGGAAAAUAUACUUCUUGGCGGUGGCGGUGGGAUUUCUAGUGGUAUAUCAACUGUAUCGAGGGAAAAAAAUAACAUGGAUAUGUUGUCUGAGGAAUCUUCUUCAUACCCUGAUGAGUCUGAGCUGGAGUUAGGCCUUGGCCUGAGUCUUGGUGGUGGUGCAAAGUCUAUGUCUAAGCCUCCGCUGCCGGCAGUGGCGGCGGGGGGUCCUUGGGGUCAAUAUGCUAGAAUCUUGACAGCCAAAGAUUUUCAUUCUGUGGUUUCUACUAAAGAAUCUUCAUCAUCUUCUUCUUCAUCAUCUUCUGUUACCAAAGCUAAUAAUAAUCCCUUCUGUGGGGUCAAAAGAACUGCUGAACCUUCUUCACCACCCGGUCGGUCCGGUUCCAGCCAGGUUGUUGGAUGGCCUCCUAUAAGAACUUACAGAAUACAAAGCUUAGUAAACCAUGCAAAAUCACCAAUGACUGAAGAAAUUACCUCUGCUGUUGAUAAAUGUAAAAGCAAGAAUACUAUUGUGGACAAGACAAAUAUUGGCAGCAACUUGAACAGAAAUGUUGCAAAGGAAAAAGGGCUUCUCAAAAAAACGUCCUUGUUUGUGAAGGUGAACAUGGAUGGGAUCCCAAUUGGAAGAAAAGUGGAUCUGAAUGCCCAUCGCUGCUACAAAACUUUAUCUCAAACACUGGACGACAUGUUUAAACUCAGUGCAGCUGUUGGUGCUAAACGAUCAAAUGCAGAGGAGCAAGUUGUAAUGAUAAGACCCUCGGGAUUACUUAAAGUUUCGUCUGAAUUUGUGCUCACCUAUGAAGACAAAGAAGGAGACUGGAUGCUUGUUGGAGAUGUUCCGUGGGAGAUGUUUCUUAGCUCAGUGAAGAGGCUUAGAAUCAUGAGGACAGCUGAGGCUAAUGGACUUGCCCCAAGGUCUAAUGAAAGGAACCAGACACAGUCGAUGGCACCAAUAUAA